UUAACGCAACCUUUUUGGGUGGAGACAUGGGACAUGGAGAGACAUUGCAGAACCAGAAGCUUGAGGAGUCGAGAGAUGCAGCCGCCAAGAGUCGGAGAAGCGAAACCUGCCAUUCAAAAGGCGCUGUGCAGACUGUGCGAGUGUCCGACGUCGGACGGCCACGUCCUCGCGUCGCAGGUGGACAGGUUCAAGCUGAGGAAAUGGGCCAUGAAGGUCAUGAACCUGACGGAAGAAGACGAAAACCUGCCGGACGUGGUCGAAGAAGACGCUUUGAUCUGCUAUUUUUGCAUCUGGCAGGCAGAGUUUGGGGAUGAGUCUGGAGACGAGGCUGUUGCUUGGUGGCCGAAAAACCUUGAUUUGGAAGAAAACGCUAAGGUUCUUCGGGAGAAUUAUUCAGGUAGGGAAUUUUUAUUAAAAUAA